AAAACAAUCCUUUGUAUUAUCUUCUAAAGCACAAAUCUCGGCCCGAAAACCUUACCGGGAAAGUCAUCGGUGAGCCCGGUUCCUUCCGAAGCCUAUCAUUUCUCUCUCAAGAGCGGCAUUUUGUUGUACUUCUCCUUUCCACUGUUUCUUCAUGUUAUUUGCGCGACCUUGAACCCUAGAACUCAUUGGAUUAACAAGCCCCUUACCUCAACCCUUCAUAGAAAUGCAGUCAUUCUUGAAUCUCUAAGGGCUCAUCCAUUAUGAGUAGGUUGAUUUCUCUUCUUAGGAGAAACAAGAAUUCAUCACUCUUCCAUCUCUUCAAGGAUUCUUCUAGGGUUUCAAAUGAAGCUGGUUUUGAGCUGAUUAAAAGUUGUGGUGCUUCAAAUGGAGUUGGUUUACAGCUGCUUAAAGUCUCCAAUUUUUCAAAUGGAGCUGGUUUUUUAUCCAGUCGUUUUGCUUUAAAUUACGGCAAUGCAUUUUUUCGGAGCAAAUUCAUGCAAAAGGGAUUUUCCUUUCAACCUUCAAAGAACAUGUCAACCACUGCAUCCUUAUUAGCACCAAACAAAUCUGAAGUUGUGAAAGAAGGGGUGACAUUGCUUGUUAAUAAAGGAACUGAAGUACAGAAACAAGUUGGAAUAUGGAUAUUUGGUUGUGCUGCAUGGGUAUUUAGUAUGGUGGUACUUGGCGGUGUUACACGCCUUACAAGGUCUGGUCUUUCGAUGACUGAUUGGAAGUUUAGUGGUAGACUCCCACCAUUGUCAGAAGAAGAAUGGCAGCUUGAGUUUGAAAAAUACAAGCAAUCACCUGAAUACAAAAGAGUGAACAGAGGGAUGAGUCUUGAAAAUUUCAAAUUCAUAUAUUGGAUGGAAUAUGCACAUCGAAUGUGGGGAAGGGGAUUGGGCAUCAUAUUUGCAAUGCCUUUUACAUAUUUUCUUGCUAAAGGGUAUAUUACCCGUCAGCUUGGACUGAGACUCUCUGCUCUUUUUGCACUUGGUGCUGGCCAGGGUCUAAUUGGCUGGUGGAUGGUAAAAAGUGGACUAGAGGAGCCAGCAUCUGAAUAUGCUCAGCCAAGGGUGAGCCCUUAUCGUUUGGCUACUCAUUUGACAUCUGCUUUCAUAAUAUACUGCGGCCUUUUUUGGACUGGUCUUUCAGUUGUUAUGCCACAACCACCAACUGGUUCAUUAUCUUGGAUACAUGGAGCUGCAAAAGCUCGGACACUUGCAAUUCCCGUGAGUAUUCUGGUUGGUGUCACUGCUCUCUCAGGAGCCUUUGUGGCAGGAAAUGAUGCGGGUCAUGCAUAUAAUACGUUUCCCAAGAUGGGAGACAGCUGGAUCCCAGAUGAGAUUUUUGAGUUAGAGCCUAUUUUUCGCAAUUUCUUUGAGAAUACAGCAACUGUUCAGCUUGACCACCGUAUACUUGCCACUGCAACUCUGCUUUCCAUUGGAGGCAUGUGGUGGGCCACAAAGAAAUUAGACUUGCAUCCAGCAGUCCAAUCCCUGAUUGGAAGUACCCUUGGUAUGGCAGCUUUACAGGUGACCUUGGGUAUAUCAACAUUGCUUUCAUAUGUUCCAGUUUCUCUUGCCACUGCUCAUCAAGCAGGGGCUUUAACAUUGUUGACGCUAAUGUUACUAUUGGUUCACUCUGUGAGAAAGCCAUCUCCAGCCCUUUUGAAGUCUCUCUCCUCUUCUCUCUCAAACCCCACUGCCAAGGUUAUGGGGCAAAGCAAUAAGAAGGUGAAAGCAGGCUUAUAAUAAAACAAGCCUCUUGCACCUAGUAUGGAAGAUUUGAGCUCCAGCAAAAUUUUGUUCCUUUCAUUGUGUAACAUCAUAGUUUAUCAUAUUUAUGUUUUUGACUGACACCAUCUCUCUCUCAACUGUACAUGGCCUCUUCCAUUUUAUGUCAAACUUUUAAGUAUGUAUUGGCAUGCCCUGAGAGAGCAUACCAUACUUUUUACUCCCUCGUGUAAAAGGCCUACUUAAGAAGAGUUUUUCUAUAUGAAAUUUUGGGAUUUACUUUAA